CGGAUUCUUGCAGCUGAAACAUAAAGUGCCUGUGGUCCCCGUCAAUGCUGUAUUCAUUCUGUCUCAGAGGAGCAAGAUGGUGGCAGUACAAAAGGAUUACUGGUACUUCUUGGUACUCAUGAUGUCGCUCUAUUUUCUUAAAGGAUCUGUUCAGAUGAAAGCCCCAGAAUCGUCAAUCAUACUGCAGGAGGGAAUGGUUUUGCACUGCCUAUGCCCAUGGAGCGGCCAUCUCACUAUGGUCUCUUGGACUAAAAAAUCUCUUUCGCGACCUGUUGCAGUGUAUCAUCCUCAGUAUGGCUCCAACUUUGCCCCAUCUUAUGAUGGUAGAGUGGAGUUUCUCAAAACCACUCCCAUGGAUGGCAGCAUUUCCAUAAUGAACGUCACUGAGGGCGACAUCGGCCACUACCAUUGCUCUCUGCAGACCUAUCCUCAAGGUUCCUGGACCAAAGACAUACUUGUCGAAAAAAAAGCAAUCACCACCACCAUCUCUAUUCAACCCAACAUUGAGUUGCUGGCCACAGAGAAUGACAACAUGACCAUUAGAUGUGACCACGUCCACAAAGGUGUGGUUUACCAAGUAAGCAUAGAAAAGUUGGGAGAAGAGGAGGGCAGUAGCAACAUUAUAGCAACAUGCCAGAUGCUGGACAGUGGUGUGGAGCUGAGUGAGUUCUCCAGUAGAGGCCAACUAAACUGUAGUGAUGCUAUGGAGGUUAGUCUACACCUCACCAACAUCAUCAAAGAGGACGGAGGAUUCUACCGUUGCAACUUCAGCACAGAUUCUGGUGUCCAGACCACUACAAUACUGCUGAACACUUUAUCUAGCCAAGAGUUGAGGAGUCUUAGGUACAUGCUGUAUGUGUACAUUGGAGGAGGGGUGGUUGGUGGCACUCUUCUGAUGAGUCUCAUUUUAUUGCUGACAAGGGUGAACAGGAGGAAAAGGAGGAGAGAGGAAUAUAGAAUCAAACUGCAACCCGGUAAAAGACAGCAUAACCAAUAUGAUCAUGGCUGUGUCUAUGACAGGAUGAAAAAAGGGACCCGAACGGGGGCAAAAGAUAAAGAAAUAUAUGCUAACUUUCAGAUAGUGAGAGCUCAUGAAAAACAAAACCAGAAACGAAAACAAAAGAGAUGAUUGCUCA